AUGAUGGCGCCUGUGGUGACCGCCGCACUGGGUGCUUUGGGUCCUCUGCUAGCAAAGCUCACGGAUCCGCUCGCCAAUGAGUGCGGCCGGCUGAAAGGUGUCCGCCGUGAGAUCCGCUCCCUCCGAUCCGAGCUUACCGGCAUGCAUGGUGCUCUCAGAAAGUACACAAAUCUAGUGAAUCCUGAUGAGCAGGUGAAGGAAUGGAUAUCUCUAGUCAGGGAGUUGGCCUAUGAUACUGAGGAUUGCUUCGACAAGUUCAUUCAUCACCUUGGUGAUGGUGGGCCCCAAGAAGCUGGCUUCAAGGAGUUCAUCCGCAAGACGGCUCGCCGUCUAAAAACUCUUGGAGCUCGACGUGGAAUUGCCAACCAAAUCGAUGAUCUGAAUCUUCGUAUAAAGCAAGUGAAAGAGCUCAAGACUAGUUACAGGUUAGAUGAUACUGAUUGUACCACCACGGGCCAUGCGACCGUGGAUCCCCGGUUGGCCGCUCUUUUUGCUGAGCAGGCACACCUUGUGGGUGUUGAUGGUCCAAGAGACAAUCUUGCCAACUGGAUGCUGGAUGAAGAGAACAAGAAUCCUCGCAGGGUGUUGUCUAUUGUUGGGUUUGGUGGAUUGGGAAAGACAACACUGGCGAAUGAAAUCUAUCGCAAGAUUCAAGGGCGUUAUGAUUGUCAUGCUUUUGUGUCGAUCUCGCAAAAACCAGAUACAAAGAAAAUCAUCAAGGAUGUGAUCUCCCAAGUGUCUGACAGCGAUGCAUUCAAGAAAGAUAUUGAGAUUUGGGACGAAAAGACAUCCAUUUCAAAGCUAAGGGAACUUCUACAAGAAAAAAGGUAUCUUGUUAUCAUUGAUGAUAUAUGGUCUAUAGUGGCUUGGAAUGCUAUCAAUUGUGCAUUUCCAGAGAACAACUGUUCUAGCAGAAUUGUGGCUACUACACGCAUACUGGAAGUAGCUAGCUCUUGUUGUCCAGGUCCUGAUGACCAGAUCUAUGAAAUGAAACCUCUAAGUGAUCCUCACUCUCAAGGACUAUUUUUCAAAAGAAUCUUUGGCUCAGAGAAUUCCUGCCCUCACAUAUUUCUUGAAGUUUCAAAAGCUAUCUUGACAAAGUGUGGAGGCCUACCAUUGGCGAUUAUCAGUAUUUCUGGUUUACUAGCGAACAGACCACGUGUCAAAGAAGAGUGGGAGAAGGUAAAAUGA